AUGCUGUCCCUCUCAGCCGUCCCCACAGCAGCGCUCACUGCCGGCAGAGCAGCUUCCGCUGCUUCCGCCUCCACCAGCUUCGCCCGCUCCGUCGUCCCCGCGCCUCUCCCCGCUCCCCUCUCCGCCGCUUCUCGCGCGGGUCGCACCCACCUCCUCCGCUGCCGCGCUGCUGCUGUCGAGGACGGAGCCGUGAAGGAGGUGCCAGUUGAGGCUGAGGAGCUGAGCAAUGGUGCAGCUGUGGCCGCACCGACAGUGGACGAGGUGCAGUCGCUGCUGAUGGAACUUUGCGACGAGACUCACAUCGCCGAGCUUAAGGUCAAGGUCGGCGCCUUCUCGCUGCACGUCAAGCGCGACGUGGACGGCAGCAUUGGCCAUGCCGUGGCUGCAGCUGAAGCCUCCGCCGCAGCCGCCGCCGCCCCGGUGGUGUACGCCGCACCAGUGCCCGCCUUCCCCAUGGCGGAGUCCCUCCCCCCCGCCGCUGCCGCGGAGCCCGUGGCGGAGGUGGCUGCGGAGCCUGAGAAGCCCAAGGAUGAAGGCCUUGUCUAUGUGACGUCGCCGCGGGUGGGCAUCAUGCGACGUGGCAAGCUGUACAAGGGCAAGCACGGCCGGCCAAUUGUGCUCGAGGGAGCCGUGGUGAAGAAGGGGCAGGCCAUGUGCUUCCUGGAGCAGCUCGGCACCAACCUGGCGAUCGAGACGGAGCAUGCAGGCACAGUGGUUGACUUCCUGGUGGAAGAUGGAGUCCCUGUGGGCUACGGUGAGCCCCUGGCAGCCAUUCGCCCGUCUUUCCCCGGCAUCAUGAAGCUCACCUGA